AGUCUGAAACAAAAAAAAAUAUAGUCGCAGCGAAAAGAGAAUUUUCUUUUUUUUUGUUCACAAAUUAAUCAAAAUGUUUCCAAAUUUAUUUUUUAUUUAAAAUCUAUCCAUAAUCAUAAUCGAUAAGUAAAUUUUAUUUACUUCAAAAUUAUCCGUAAACAUAUGAAAUAAUCAUCAAACGGUGUGAAAAGUUUUCGGCAGAAAAAAAAAGAAAUUCAUAAACCAGCCCGAAGGACGGACGGAAUUUACAAAAAAACGCAACAAUCAAUCGCAUACACAAAAUAUAUCUCACACAAUUUUUUUUUCUUUUAUAACUUUAACAAACAAAAAAAAAAGAAAAUCGGAUGAGUCCUGCUUCAUUGUUGUCGGAGUGGAGGAGUGAAAAAUAUGCACAAACCGUCGCACAUAGAAACACAAAAACGCAACAUUAGUGUUUUCAAAGGGAAUCUUAAAUCAUUUUUGUUAUUUAAUUGAAUAAGUGAGACUCCUCACGACAAAGUGCUUGAUUUGGAUUAAUAAAGAUUAAGUGGACAAAUAUCAAGGAUUACUCAAAAGCAAAAGAGACAUGGGCGGCUGCAUUGGACUUCACAGCACGGACAACGAAACGGUCAGCGUGUCCUCGGCCAGUGUGUCUCGGCCUCCGACAGGACCAAAUGUAGGUCCAUCACGUAAGAAUCAUCCCCUGUGCCAUGAAACGAUACGUUGGCGCUCCGAUGUGCCUUUAACCGAAGGUCAACUGCGUUCGAAACGUGAUGAAUUCUGGGACACAGCGCCGGCCUUCGAUGGUCGUAAAGAAAUCUGGGACGCUCUAAGAGCGGCGACAACAGCAGCCGAAGCGUUAGAUUUUCAAUUAGCUCAAGCUAUUCUCGAUGGAGCAAAUGUUUCUGUCCCGAAUGGCUAUCUCACAGAGUGCUAUGAUGAACUGGGUACGCAGUACAAAGUACCAAUCUAUUGUCUGUCAUAUCCUAUUAACAUAGUUAAAGAAGAAAACGGUCGAGAUUCGCCGGCGGAAUUUUCUGAACCAGUGGAUGGUGGUACGGAGGUUAUACUUAAACUACGCAUCUCCUCCACAAUGUCCGAUGUUAAACUUUCAGUAUACUCAAAAGACAUGAUUGGUCAAUGUAAAAAGAAACUACAGGCUGUUGAAGGAAUUGAUGCAUGCUGCCAGCGAUGGUUCUAUAGUGGCAAACUUCUCGGCGAUAAAGUACCCCUCGAAGAUUGUCACAUACAAAAUGGUUAUGUGGUGCAGGUCAUUGUUAAUACCGAACACUAUAACCAUGAUAUGAUAACGAGUGUACCUAUUGCUAGCUAGCCAAAAACCCCACAACUUUUGUUAACGCACACUCAACACCAACAACAGCAAGAAAAAGAACAAGAACAAGAGCAAAAACUAACAUCUACAUUAGUGGAAGAAGAAGAAGAACAGCCGCAACUGAAAGCCUUACGCGCAAUAAAUUGGCAAAGUGUUGUUUCGCAAUCCAACGCAAUUCUUAGAUAAAAAAACACAACGCCUACAAGCAACGCCCUUGUCUCUUAAGCUCUCUAAAAUCCGACAACGAGACUUGACUUUGCAUUGUUAACUUAAAAAAAAAAAAAUUGAAAAAAAAACAAAAAAUAAAUAAAACAUUAAUAUAAUAAUUAAAAUAAAAAACAUAAAAAACUGUAUAACUGUUUAUAAAGGCCCAGUGUAGCCACGAAUCUACAUAAUAUAUAUUACGUUAGGCUGUACUUCUUAAUUAUUUAACCAACCUUUAUGAGUUGUUAUCUAAGUACUUUUAAGUAUUUUUUUUGCUAAGUGUUUUUUGCAUCUUAAACCCCACGCCAGAAGUGAAAAAACAAAAACACUCAAAAAAACCACUCACCGUCAGUGUGUAGCAUAAAUUUGUUAAAUAUAUAUAAUUGAAAAAUAUUAA